GUGGUUUACUUGCUUCCGGAUUUGAUCUGUUCUCGCAACUAGUCGUUCGUUUUAGUCGCUCAUUUUUUUGCGAUGUCUGGACGUGGUAAGCAAGGGGGUAAAGCUCGGGCCAAGGCGAAGUCUCGUUCGUCUCGCGCUGGGCUCCAGUUUCCAGUAGGACGCGUGCACCGCCUGCUCCGCAAGGGCAAUUACGCUGAGCGGGUCGGAGCCGGCGCGCCCGUGUAUUUGGCGGCGGUGCUGGAGUAUCUGACAGCCGAGAUCCUGGAGCUGGCGGGCAACGCGGCCCGCGACAACAAGAAGACGCGCAUUAUCCCGCGUCACCUGCAGCUGGCCAUACGCAAUGACGAGGAGCUCAACAAGCUGCUGGGCCGCGUGACCAUCGCGCAGGGCGGCGUCCUGCCCAACAUCCAGGCCGUGCUGCUGCCCAAGAAGACCGAAAGCCAUCACAAGGCCAAGGGCAAGUGAUACUGACCGGCAUCUCCAGUUUCCGGAAGCGCGUUCAAACCCAAAGGCUCUUUUCAGAGCCCCCCCCCCACCAUUUCAAAAGAAGAGCUAGCUCACUCGUAGGGUAAGAAUGACACGGGUUGCCUUUGAACCCCAUCUCCAACGCUUACUACGUGUGUGAUCUCCGGGUAGGUGCUUCUCCCUGCCUCCAUUUCUAAGUGUGUGCCUUUGUUCACUCUGUGAUGAAAAGAAGGGGUUCGGCACUGCGGGUUCUGAAAUUAGAGUGCUGGAGUCAUGGCUAACAUUAAGCCCUUACUGUCAGUCACGUGGUCACGUACUUCCGGGGUAUCAACUCAUUUAACCUAGCAAUCAGAGGUUUCAAAAGUUUCUCACUAUGAAGACAUGCCUGAAUUCAGAGUAUCUGUCAAACCCCUCAAUUCUCAGAAGUAACUGGAUGGUUGAUGUCAGUGUUCUGAUACCACUGACAGAUUCCGCACCUGCAAAUGUUUUCCUAUUAAUAAACUUACUCUGGGUUUA